CAAAAUGGAUACCAUGGCAACCGUUUUGUUUGUUGUGUUAUGUGUAGAUAGGCAUCAAUAAGCAAUAUCUUGGUAGACUUCUUACAUUAUAUACGCGUAUUCUGCACUAAUGAACGAAAAUCGUUGCAAAAAAAUUGUGAAAAGUAGUAAGAACAAAGAAACGCGAUGGGAUCGUAUACGCAAAAAGCACAUGAACUCUGUGAAUAUAACAACCGAAAAUGUAAGAAAAUUUUUCGGUAUGGACUUUAUCAAUGAACAUCAAUUGCGUAUAUUGAAUGGUGAAUCGAAGAGGCGUUUCUAUUUAAAUCCUGCGCUGGUGAUGAAUGCAAGACAUGAAAUGAUCCGACGAAAUUCUAAAGACGUGAGUGAACUUCCUCCUCAUCAUUUUGAUGCAUUGAAGUCAAUCCAAAUGGAGAAGAUCAAAAAUCAUAACAAUAUCAUUGAGGCUAAGUACUUGGAUCACGAGCUUAAUAAAUUCAGAAAGGAAAUUUCUAUGACACGUACACGCUUACUAGUAGUCCACGAUAACAUCGAACACAAUUCCCUAUCGUAUAAGCCAAUAGACAAUAGCAACUUGAUGUCAUCGUUUUCGCAUGGUCACGAAUGUGUGGAAGAUUUCUAUCGUGAAAGUGAAAAUGCGACUCUAAUAGAGAGACGAAUUUUUGAAAAUAUUGAGCAUCAAUCGGACGAAGUCACUCUUAAUGCGGUUGAAGAGGAUGUAGAUUCCAUUGAUGAUUUAUUACACUCAGAUGAAAUGGCCAAAAACGAUGACCGAUAUGUUCGCUUUGGACAUUUAAUUGAGAUUAUUAAUUAUGAUGAGGUGGAAGGGUUGAAUCGUGGAAAAUGUAGCGACGAAGAUCAACUAAGCAAUUCGAUUGCAGACAGAGAAGUAGAACCGGCGCUUGAUUCAAAUGCUGACAGGGAAAUCGAGCCGAUAUUGGAAGUGAAACUUGUUCCGAAACAACAGAUUCAAACUGCACCCACACUGGAGUUGAUCGGUAAACAAAUGCAACAUUCAGCUGAAAUUGUAACAACGAAACAUCAAGAUGAAAAACCAGUAAAAAUGCACUCGAUUGAAGACAAUUGUGAUGAUAAACUGCUCAUCGAUCAGAAUCCCUUUAUCAUAAGAAGACUGGAGGUGGCAAAUCAGUCAAAAUCAACUGUAAAUGAGCCUAAUGUGGAUACUGAUAAUUAUGUUCCACCCGAACAAAAUGCUAUUGUCUCAGAUCUUUUCACGAACGAUAUUCAGACCGACAUGAAGCGACAAAAAAUUCUGCAAAAGUAUUUCCUCAAGUGGAUACACUUUACCACAAUUGAAAGACUUUCGAAGGAAAAUAUCUCCUGUAAUCAGUCGCGAAUUCAAAAAAUCGAAGCAUUUUUGAACAAUAUUCGAUUGGAAAAGAAGAAACAAUUGCGGACGAAUGACACACGAACAGUUGAUGUGAAGAAGAAGGUCGAGCCGGAAAAUUCGAUUGUGUUGGCCAGGAAAUAUCAUCACAAAUUGAAAAUACAACAAGACAUCAUCGAGCUACAGAAGCUGAAGCUUGAGCGACAGGAACGAAUGAUCAGUGAAUUAAAAUUGUCCAAGCUAACUGACGAUGCCAAAGAGUCUAAAGCGACCAUAAAAGACGAGUUGAAAAAUGUUAUCCGAAACGGAUGUGCUAAUUCGCGUGCCAAAGCUAGAUGCCUGCAGAUUGUGGCCAAUGUUAGGGACGAUGAAGACGAUGAAUACGCUAAAUUGCAGGCGCGAGGUGUUCCGAAAUUUCUAAUUGAAAUGGAACAAAGAGCUAUGGAACGAAAUCGAAAGCAUCAGGAAGCGAAAGAUAGACGGGAGCAGCUGGAAAAAGAAAAGGAAGAAUUGCGCUUAGCGGCCGAGGAGGCGAAGCGUUUGCAAGACGAAGAAGCCAAACGGAAACGUAUCGAAGAGUUGCGUGAGAAACGUCGUCAAGAGAAAUUGGCGAAAAUUCAAAAGGAGAACGAAAGACUCAAACAAAUUGAAAAUAAUAAAAAAGCUACUGCUUUCUACCGACACAUGCUGCUAUCUCGCUUUGGAAUGAAUGGUUUUAAGUUAUUAAUCAAAAUUAAGAAGCGAAACGAACGGAAGGCAGAGAUUUUCCACCGUCAAAUGAUUGUUCGAAAUUCAUUUCACGGAUGGAAACUGCAUGUGUACAACGUGUGGAACUAUCGUAAAAUGAAGGCAGAUAAUCAUUUCAAUCGACAGUUGCUUAAGAAAUGCUUCUUUGCGCUCAAAAAGAACCAACUUAAUCAGCACAGCAAAAUGUUAGUGGCAAUGGAUUGGUACGAUUUGAAAUUGACCGAACGAAUGUUUCAUAUUUGGGUAGGCUACACGAAAAUGGAAAAAAUUCUGGACGAAAUUAAAAUGAGACAAGCCGAAGCGCAUUAUGAUUGGCAUUUGAAAUGGCGAGUCAUUGACCACUGGCAACGUUUGCAAACAAUUUUGAAAAUUGAAAAAGAAACUGACGAAAGACGACAACGUUGGAGAAUGAAAAUCUGGGAAUUAUUGCCGGACUAUACACCGAAUCGAGAUAACUAGCCCGUUUUGAAAUAAAUUGUGCAAUAUUACUUAAAAUACACUACGGACAUACUGAUUUUAUAAAUAAAAAUACUCC